AUGGUACCCGCGGGGCUGCUACUGCUGCUGCUGCUGCUGCCCCUGCUAGUCGGCACGCGCCUGCUGUGGGGCCGGUGGAAGCUCAGGAGCCUCCACCUCCCACCUCUUGUCCCCGGCUUCCUGCACCUGCUGCAGCCCAACCUCCCCAUGUAUCUGCUUAGCCUGGCUCAGAAACUCGGGCCCAUCUACAGGCUCCGCCUCGGCCUGCAAGAUGUGGUGGUGCUGAACUCCAAGAGGACCAUUGAGGAGGCCCUGAUCAGGAAGUGGGUGGACUUUGCCGGCAGACCCCAGAUACCGUCCUACCGGCUGGUGUCUCAGCACUGCCAGGACAUCUCAGUAGGGGACUACUCCCUGCUCUGGAAGGCCCACAAGAAACUCACGCGCUCGGCCCUGCUGCUGGGCGUCCGCGGCUCCCUGGAGCCCCGGGUGGAGCAGCUGACCCAGGAGUUCUGUGAGCGCAUGAAAGCCCAGGCUGGUGCCCCCGUGACCAUCCAGAAGGAAUUCUCUCUCCUCACCUGCAGCAUCAUCUGUUACCUCACCUUUGGAGACAAGGAGGACACCUUAGUACAUGCCUUUCACGACUGUGUCCAGGACUUGAUGAAAACCUGGGACCACUGGUCCAUCCAAAUUUUGGACAUGGUUCCCUUUCUCAGGUUCUUCCCCAACCCCGGGCUCUGGAGGCUGAAGCAGGCCAUGGAGAACAGGGACCACAUUGUAGAGAAGCAGCUGAGGCAGCACAAGGAGAGCAUGGUGGCCGGCCAGUGGAGGGACAUGACAGACUACAUGCUCCAGGGGAUGGGGAAGCAAAGAGUGGAAGAGGGCCCCGGACAGCUCCUUGAAGGGCACGUGCGUAUGUCUGUGGUGGACCUUUUCAUCGGUGGCACUGAGACCACGGCAAACACCCUUUCCUGGGCGGUGGCGUUCCUGCUUCACCACCCUGAGAUUCAGCGGCGACUGCAGGAGGAGUUGGAUCGCGAGCUGGGCCCCGGAGCCUCGGGCUCCCGAGUCCCAUACAAGGACCGCGCUCGGCUGCCCUUGCUCAACGCCACCAUCGCUGAGGUGCUGCGCCUGCGGCCCAUCGUGCCCCUGGCCUUGCCGCACCGCGCCACGCGGGCGAGCAGCAUCUUCGGCUACGACAUCCCCGAGGGCAUGGUUGUCAUCCCCAACCUCCAAGGUGCCCACCUGGACGAGACUGUGUGGGAGCGGCCGCACGAGUUCCGGCCCGACCGCUUCCUGGCCCCGGGCGCGAACCCCAGCGCGCUGGCCUUUGGCUGCGGGGCGCGCGUGUGCCUGGGCGAGCCGCUGGCGCGCCUCGAGCUCUUCGCGGUGCUGCGGCAACUGCUGCAGGCCUUCACGCUGCUGAGCCCCGCGGGCGCCCUGCCCUCGCUGCAGCCCCACCCCCACUGCGGCGUCAACCUCAAGAUUCAGCCUUUCCAGGUGCGGCUGCAGCCCCGGGGCAGCGGAGGCCGGGGCGUGGGCGAGCGCCAGUGACCGGUGACGGGGCCGGGACUCACUGGCCUCGGUUUCUCCCUUUAUUGCUCCCGUACAAACCCCUUCCCUCCCCCCUGUAAACAUGGUGCUGUGAGAUCGCGGGUGGAGAAGGCUUCCUCCGGUGGCUGGAUGGUGAAGGUGGCCCCCGGCUCUUCUCUGAGCGCAACCCCUCAGUGCUCGGCAGUCAUAGUAGGGCGCUGGAGGGGUGAGCAGCGGCUCAGCCUCCCCUGCCCGGGGGCCGGUAGCUUCUUGGUCUCAGCUUCAUUUCCGUGAAGGGCACGGAGAAGUCAAAGCCCUUCCAGUAGUACCAGCUCACUCCCUGGGAAGGGGGUGUUGAGAGAGAGUCAAAGCCUGACAUCCCAUCUGCUCCCACCUCUGUUCCCCUCUGGCGAGAUGGCUCCCAGAAAUCAAUCAAGUAUCCUCCCUCCCCUUAUCCUUCU